AUGGAUGGUGUAGCCAAGGGACCAUCUGCACUGGAGGUGUCACCAGGGUCAGAGAGGACUACCCGUUGUAUCAAGACCGCCUCCACAGGAAAGAAAAGAAGGGUAGUAGUUAUAGGCAACUCCCAUCUGAAGGGGACGGAAGGUCCAAUAUGCCGGGCUGACCCUGCUCUGCGGGAAGUCUGCUGCCUCCCUGGAGCCCGGGUUAAAGAUAUCGCUAGGAAACUUCCUAGCCUGGUACGGUCCACGGACUACUAUCCUUUACUGCUCUUCCAUGUGGGUGGAGAUGAAACUGAAGCACAGAGUCCACAGUCAAUCAAGAGGGAUUGCAGGACCCUGGGACAGGUGGUAAGAGGAUCUGGGGCACAGUGCCAGGUAACCCACUUGAUCAAGAUGGGUGCUUUGCCCACCUUUGGCCUCUGUGGCGAGUGUGCCUCCACUACAGUGGAAGGAAAAACAUUUCCAGAUGCAGAGGGACUGGAAGGAGGGGCUACCAAAGACAUGGGGAAGAUGCUGGGUGGGGAUGAGGAGAAAGACCCAGAUGCUGCCAAGAAAGAAGAGGAACGACAGGAAGCCCUCAGGCAAGAAGAGGAAGAGAGGAAAGCCAAAUAUGCCAAGAUGGAGGCUGAAAGAGAAGUUAUGAGACAAGGGAUUCGAGACAAGGUAGGGAUCCGGCUUUCAGCACACACUUG